AUGGCAGAGAAGCCUUAUACAUCAGAGGGUGCAGCCCGCAACCGCAAGUGGCUGUGGGUAUCCCUCGCCGCUCUUGCUGCGGUUGGUGUAGCCCUUGGUGUCGGCCUCGGCGUCGGCCUCAAUGUCAAUAAGAAGGGCGCCGACAAGGGCAGUGCAAGUGCUGGUGGCGAGCCCUCGGGAGACGUCGCUAGCACUGAGCCACCGGCCAACCCUUCAACACCGGUUACCAACACUCCCAACCCCGUGCGCGGGGGGACGGGCGGUAAUGGCUCGGUCGUCACUACCGACCUCAACGCAACAUUCACGUACCUCAACGAGUUUGGCGGCACUUGGGCCUACGACCCGACCAACCCUUUCAACGUCUCUGGUCAAGCGCAGAGCUGGACUCCACCUCUCACUGAAGAAUGGGUCUGGGGAAAGGACAUUGCUCGCGGUGUCAACCUCGGCGGCUGGCUCGUCACUGAGCCCUUCAUUGUCCCCGCACUCUAUGAAAAGUACAACAACGCGACGCCAAAGGCGGUCGAUGAGUACACCCUGUCUCAGGCCAUGGGUGCCAACCUGGCCAAGGAGAUGGAGGAGCACUACAAUACCUUCAUCACCGAGAAGGACUUUGCUGACAUUGCUGCUGCGGGUCUGAACUGGGUUCGCAUUCCGAUCGGCUACUGGGCGAUUGGGACCCAGGGUGACGAGCCGUACCUCGAAAAGGUGUCUUGGGCCUACUUCACCAAGGCUAUCAGCUGGGGCCGCAAGUAUGGUAUCCGUAUCCUCCUCGACCUCCACUCGCUCCCCGGCUCGCAGAACGGAUGGAACCACUCUGGCCGCUCUGGGACAAUCAACUGGAUGCGUGGCGCCAUGGGCCUUGCCAAUGCCCAGCGCUCGCUCGAGUACCUCCGCUCGUUCACCCAGUACAUCUCGCAGCCCGGUGUCAAGGAGGUUGUGCCCAUGCUCGGCCUUGUUAACGAGGUGCUGUACGGUGACGUCGGCAAAGACGCGAUGGGAUCCUUCUACUUCGAGUCCAUUGAAAUGAUCCGCGGCAUCACCGGCAGUGGCAAGGGCAACGGUCCCCUCGUCGCGUUCCACGAUGGUUUCCAGGGCCCCGCGAACUGGGAUGGCUUCCUCACCGGUGCUGACCGCCUUGUCAUGGACCAGCACCCGUACCUCGCCUUCGGUGGUGUCAACCAGAACCCCUGGCCCCAGCAGACCCAACAGGCCUGCGGUUGGGGUGGCGGCGUCAAUGACACCGCGGCCUCGUGGGGUGUCAUCAUCGGCGGCGAGUGGUCGCUUGCUACAAACGACUGUGGCAUGUGGCUCAACGGCGUCGACGUGACCGGCCAAUACGCGACCACGUACGGUUCGUGCACCCAGUUCGAGGACUGGCGUACCUGGGACGCGACCUUCAAGCAGAACCUCCUCAACCACGCCAUGGGCAGCAUGGAUGCUCUCCAGAACUUCUUCUUCUGGACCUGGCGCAUCGGAGACUCGACUGUCCGCGGCUACGCUGCCUCGCCGAUGUGGCACUACCAGCUUGGCCUCGAACAGGGCUGGCUCCCGAAGGACCCCCGCGUCGCCGGUGGCUUCUGCAAGCGGAACGGCUACUGCCCGGGCUGCGCCGAGUUCGCUGGUACUUACCCGGCCUCGGCGACUGGUGGUGCCUCGCAGGCCAUCGUCGCCGCCGAGUCGGCCUCGUACAGUAACAUGGCCCAGGCCAUCGUAAGCCCGGCCUGGAUCGUGGGCAGCCAGUCUCUCCUCCCGACCCUCACCCAGACCGGCACGCCCAUCACGCUCGCGGUUCCCGCCGAGUCGGCCAAGUGGCUCUCCGGCUGGACGAACCCGAACGACAAGGUCGGCGCCUGGGUGCAAGUCGCCGGCUGCCCAUACCCUGGCGCGUAUGACGGCAACGACGCAAGCGCCAUGCCCAGCGCCCUCUGCGGCGCUGACGGUGUUGGUGCCGCCCAGGCACCUGCAGCUGUGCCCGUCCCAACGGCAACGCCUACGCCCACUGCGCCCGUCGCGCCCGCGCCCACGACCGACUCGCUGCCGGCCGACCCAGCUGCGGCACCUACCACCGCGCCCGUGGUCCCCGCCGCCCGGCGGUAA